AUGGAACAAUCGCGCGAGGAAUAUAAAUAUUCAAGUGUGUGUAGUGAUCCUACGAAAUCUUCAUGGCUACCCUUGCUAAGACAGAUGUAUGUGUGUAGCGGAGUGACAUCGUACUUCUUCAUUUAUGGAUUAUUUUUUGGUGCCCCGACAGUUUAUGUACCACAAAUACGGAAAGAGGCCAACUCCACUGAAGCUAUUAGUAUGGAAACGAUGUCGUGGUUGUUGUCAAUCUCGAGUUAUGGAUCACUACCAUGGGCGAUAAUAUGUCCCAUAAUUGCAGAACGGUAUGGGAGAAAAGUACCAUACAUUAUUUUAUGGGUGAAUACAAUGGUAUGCUUCAAACAAUACAAAUAGGAGUCUCUAUUAUGGUACUCACAG